GUUUCCUUUUCUCUUCCCCGUUCUUUCCAGAACUAUCUUCCUCUUCCACCUCUCCACGUUCCUCUCUACCGUAUAAAUCCUCUAUCGAAAUGCUCUCUUCGUCAUUCCUCAGUAACAGAAGUUCUCGAUUCAUACUUGUAGUGUUCAAUCGCGCUAGGAUAUUCGAAUCAGAUCAUCAACAGAAAUCAAAAUGGAUAUCAGUCUGAUGGGUUUCGACACGCCGUUUUUUCGCCACCUCCAUCACAUCCUCGACGCCAACGAAGACAACAACACCAACAGCAAAUCAAGCAAUGCCGGACCUACUCGCGCUUACGUACGUGACGCCAGAGCAAUGGCUGCAACUCCGGCCGAUGUGAAGGAGUAUCCCAACUCUUACGUCUUCAUCGUCGACAUGCCGGGUUUGAAGUCCGGAGAUAUCAAGGUCCAGGUGGAGGAAGACAACGUGCUUGUGAUAAGUGGAGAGAGGAAAAGGGAACAUGAUCAGGAAGAAAAGGAAGGAGUGAAGUACGUGAGAAUGGAGAGGAGGAUCGGUAAGUUUAUGCGGAAGUUUUCGUUGCCGGAAAAUGCUAAUACGGAUAAGAUAUCUGCGAUUUGUCAAGAUGGGGUACUUACCGUCACGGUGGAGAAACUACCGCCGCCGGAGCCGAAAAAGCCGAAGACGAUCCAGGUUAACGUUGCUUGAAGAACCAAAUCGAAUUGCUGGUAUGUCGGUAAUCAGUGAAAUUCUAUAAAUAAUCUGGAUUCUGUCAAUAGGUAGGAUCCUAGUGUAAUCGUAUGGGUAAUUUGGGUUUGAUCUUGAAGAACCGGUUAUUCCAUAUCUGUAAUGGUUUGUUUGUUUUGCUCUGUUUGCUUUAAUCAAUCUGUUGUUGGGUUUUUCAUUUCAAUUUCUUAGGUCGUUUUGGGUUAUUUUGUUUUCUAAGUAUUGUAAUGGUAGAUCGAUGGUUCAAUUCUAUAAAUAAUCUUUUGAUUC